GUCGGAAUGGGUCGAAUAAAAGUAUGCAAAAUAAACUUGCCUUGCGAAUCAUGCGAUUACGAAAUGGAAACCAACAUUAAAAUUUUAUUUCGCAACAACAUUGAGAAGUAGUGAAAUCUACUUGAAUCGAAUAGGUCGUAAACUGUGACUAUGUUGUGGAGACUUUCUAUUUAUAUAUUAUUUUUAUUUUACCACACUAGCAAUGGUCAAAUUGAGCUAAUACCACUCGGCAAUUCAUCAGAAAAUGGAAAAAAAAUAUUAAUUGGAGAUAAAGAUCGGGAUUUUAUAAAAACCUUGAAAGCUAAAAGGCCGCCUGGCAUAAAUACUCUGCUGCCUUCACAAUGGGCGCUGGGGCCCGAGGGAACGCCUCAAUGGCCUAACGGAGAGAUCAAAGUCUAUAUCGACAGCGAUUCUUAUGGUGAUGGCAUAGCGGGACGCGUGAUGGACACACUUAACAAAUUUCAAGGCCAUGAUGGCCACCUCUGCCCCCAAAUACAGAGGUUGAAAGAGAAGCCGACUGAGACUGAGCCGGUUGGGAGCUGGUUGCACGUCACCAAUCCGGACCGAGUGCGGCCGUGCGUCCACGACGCGGGAGUUGACCACAGUGGAGAAAUUAAAAUAGUGCUAGGAUAUGACUGCUUGAAGCCACGGGAGAUUCUGCACACGGUCCUGCACGGUCUCGGUUUUCGCGAUGAGGUGACCCACCCGCAGCGGGACCUCUUUGUCAGGGUCAUGUGGGAGAACAUACAGCCAGCGUUCAGAUCGAUGUUCCGAAUCCUGUCAGUGGAUACGAAAGACGCCGGCCUGAUGGAGUACGACCCUCUGAGCGUAAUGCACUUCCACGACCGAGCCUACAGCCUCAACGGGCGCCCCACCAUCAUGCCGAUGCUUCCAGGAUUGCAAGUAGAGCCUUCAGACGAACUGUCGCAUCUAGACAAAAUGAAGAUUAAAAGGAUGUUCAGUCACGAAUGCAAGAAGCGCCUAGUCGGCAACGUUAUACACCGUACAUGUGCCAGUUACGACGAACUUAAAGGAGAGGACAUACCAGCAAAUAAUGGCAAUGGAUGUCCUCCUGUUAACACUCCUGGUAAUGACGGAGACCAUAUUGUAAUACCCGGCAACGACGUUAAAAUAGAAGGCGAUGACCAAGGAGCGAACGGUAAUGACGUUAAUGAUGACCAAACAGGAAUGGACAUGGAAGUUGGAGACGGCCCUAGUGACAAUGUCAUAAUACCCGGCAAUGAUGUAAAAGUGGCUGAUAGUGGAGUCUCUGAUAACGAUGCUGGCGACGGGAAAGUUUUAGUAGGCGACGUGAAUGCAAACGAAGCAGUUAGUGACAUGUCAGUAGAAGCUGAAACAGAUAAGCCCGUAAAAGAAAUGAAAAAGCUUGCAGGUAAAGGCAAGCUAGGUGCAAAUAAUACUAAUAAAAUGCUUCCAGGAUUGAAAGUCGAACCUUCAGACGAACUGUCGCAUCUAGACAAGAUGAAGAUCAAACGAAUGUUCAGUCACGAAUGCAAGAAGCGCCUAGUCGGCAACGUUAUACACCGUACAUGUGCCAGUUACGAUGAACUUAAAGGAGAGGACAUACCAGCUAAUAAUGGCAAUGGAUGUCCUCCUGUUAACACUCCUGGUAAUGACGGAGACCAUAUUGUAAUACCCGGCAACGAUGUUAAAAUAGAAGGCGAUGACCAAGAAGCGAUCGGUAAUGACGUUAAUGAUGACCAAACAGGAAUGGACAUGGAAGUUGGAGACGGCCCUAGUGACAAUGUCAUAAUACCCGGCAAUGAUGUAAAAGUGGCUGAUAGUGGAGUCUCUGAUAACGAUGCUGGCGACUUGAAUGCAAACGAAGCAGUUAGUGACAUGUCAGUAGAAUCUGAAACAGCUAAGCCCGUCAAAAAAUUUAAAAAGCUUUCGGAUAAGGGCAAGUUAGAUGCAUAUAAUAAUAAUAAUAUUCCCGACGAGGAGGCUAUUGUCGUUGGGUACGGACCCAAAAAAUAA